AUGAAACGGUUUGUCAUCGAGAUCUUCUGCACUCUCCUCGUGCACUUGGUCCAGGCUGCGGGCUCCAGUUCGUUUCCCGGUUUCCACGAGGCAAUUUUCAAGAGAAUGCGGGCAUCCUCGAAAGUUGGUGGAAGUCAGACGAUUUCUGCUCGACCUUCCAACAGAUACCCACACUACAUGAUGCAUCUCUACCGAACAUUACUCGCUGGAGAUGGUGGAAGAUCAUCUCACAGUACCUCUGGCGGUGCUAGUCAUGACAACCCAACUUUGCACAACUCUGACUCGGUCCUGAGCUUGGUUGCGAAAAGUUGCCAGCAAGUUGGUGAGAGGUGGUCAGUAACCUUUGAUAUGUCAUCCAUCUCAGCAAGUGACAAUGUCCAAAGGUCGGAGCUGCGUAUACACCUGCCAGAGUUCUCAGCCUCCAGACACGUGGCUGUAGACAUAUAUCAUGCUUCCAAGCAUGAGUGUACCCACGGUGUCCCUUGUUUGGAGGAGAAUCUUCACCUGGGCAGUAUUACAGCAACACCAAGCGACUCUACCUCCCAUUCCUCUUGGAGGGUCCUCAACAUCACAGCCUUACUCAAGUACUGGCUGCACCAAGGAGAUCCAGUGCUCAACCAGGAACAUGUUGAGGGAGCUGAGAAGGGAGAGGAGGAACGAGAGAGUGUCCAUCACCCCACAGAGGACAGAGUCAUGAUGGUGGUCUAUUCCAAGCAGAAUCCGACAGCGGGCGGACAGAGAGCGUCGACUCUUAUCCGUACCGCUGAGCACUCCAAGUACGUGGUUCUGGAUCGUUCCGGAGAGUCUGCCGGUAGACGUCACAAGAGAAACCACAGGGGUCAUGAGAGAGUGCGCGAAGCUGCCGGCUCUGGCAUGGCUCCCAGUACGUCUCCGGCGGAAAGCGAGAGGAAGCCACUGUGCAGGAAGGUGGAUAUGUGGGUCGAUUUUGACCAGAUUGGCUGGAGUGAGUGGAUUGUUUAUCCCAAGCGCUAUAAUGCUUAUCGUUGUGAGGGGAGCUGCCCCACACCACUGGAUGAGACAUUCACUCCAACAAACCACGCAUACAUGCAGAGUCUACUGAAAUUGCACCAUCCUGACCGCGUUCCGUGUCCGUCUUGCGUGCCGACCCGUCUGGGCCCUCUUUCCAUGCUGUAUUUUGAGAAUGGGAAAGUGGUAAUGAGGCACCAUGAGGGUAUGGUGGUGGAGGAAUGUGGCUGCCAUUAA